AUGCUGCACUUCAGUUUGUCAGCAGACGCGGACAGGGCAGAGUCUGCGGAUACCGAUGGAGGCAGAGCCAAGACAGCUCUGGAGCUCCAGGGACUUGCAAAGGGAAGGGGCGGGAGAAGGCACCGGCCAUCUGGGGGAGGGAAGGAGGCCAGGGGACACAGCGUGCGUUCCAGGCCGCCAGGGGACCUUCCGCCAGUGCUGCCAACCUCCCCGUCCCCUCGCCGCCCCACUGGUGGGACCAAGCUGCAUCCCGCCCUGCAACUGGAGCGGAUAAUCGGCCAGCUGGCUCUGUGCGCAGGGACUGCGUUCGGAUGCCUUUGGGGAAGUGGAACAGGAAGAAUGGAAGCCACCUGGUUCCCUCCUGUGCCAAAGAGGGCGACAAAAGCAGCAGUGUCCCCCAGGGAGCCCGGCCCAGCCGAGCAGGCUUGGCAGCCUGCCGUAGGGUGGAGCCACAAGGGCCUGGGCCUAUUUCCUGUUGAGCACUUCCGGCUGAACCUGUGGGCAAAAGGGCAGAACAAACAAGAGAAGAGACCAAGAACAGGAACACCUGAGUCAAAUGGAAGCUCCAGUUUUAGUUUUCUGAGGAAUCUCCGCAGUGAUUUCCACAGUGGUUGCACCAGUCUGCACUUCCACCAGGCUUCUAGAGCCACCUGCUCCUGGGCUGUGACCUCGUCCUCCAUCCUCAAAGUCAGCGGUGUUGGCCUGAGUCUUUCCACUGCCGUCUGUCCGCGUCUGUCCUUGGAGAGCUGA